AUGCCUGAAAUUGCAGAAGUUGCUCGUAUUGUGCACUUCCUUCGUCUCCAUUUGGUUGGCAGGAAGAUUGCAAGCGCGUCGGCGAUUGACGACAGUAAUGUCUUUGGCAAAGCGGGAACCACUGGUGAAGCGGUGAAGGCUGCAUUAGAAGGCAAACAGGUCGUCUCGGCAGGCAACCAGGGCAAAUAUUUCUGGAUCACAUUCGAUAAACCGCCUCAUUUGGUGAUGCAUUUUGGCAUGACAGGAUGGGUUCACAUUAAAGGACAGCAGACAGCGUACACAAAUUACUACAAAAGGAUGAAGCCAGACGAGCUUGAACAGUGGCCGCCGAAAUUCUGGAAGUUCCAGAUCAAGACAGAAGGCAAGCCAGAAGUGGAGGUGGCCUUCACCGAUGCCCGGCGUUUUGGUCGAGUUCGCCUACUUGAUUGCCCUGGCGCAGACAUCCGGAACCACACCCCUCUCAAAGAGAACGGGCCAGACCCUGUGAUUGAUGCUUGCAGAUUCACCGAGGAGUAUUUGCGUGGCAGAAUGCGGGCUCGUCAUGUCCCGGUCAAGGCGCUUCUGCUGGACCAAGCCAUGAUCAGCGGCAUCGGCAAUUGGGUGGCGGACGAGACUCUGUAUCAGGCUGCACUUCAUCCGGAACAGUACAGCGACAGUUUUAGUGACGCUGAAAUCAAAAGGCUCUACGAGUGUAUUAAAUAUGUUUGUCAGACGGCGGUAGACAGACUGGGAGACUCGGACCAGUUCCCGGAACACUGGCUGUUCAAUCACCGCUGGGGUAAAGGGGGUAAGGGGUCGUCAAGUAAACUGCCCAAUGGAGAGAAAUUGGCAUUUAUUACCGUUGGUGGCCGCACGAGCUGCUACGCGCCGAGAGUACAGAGGAAGACGGGUCAAGUUGUGCCUGAAGCAAAAGCCGAACCGAUCAAAGAUGAGUCCGACGUGGAGGCAUUGUCCGCAAAGAAACCCCGAAAACACAAGCUUGAAAUGAAUGGGGUUGAAAGCAGGGAGCUGCCGACCAAGAGAAAGAAGCCUAGCAUUAAGAAGAUGGGAAAGGAUCCGACUAAGCCGAAACUAGACUCUUUGCCAGGGAGAAGACGUUCCACUCGACUGCAGAAUUAG